GGCGGGGGCCUCCUUCCGGUAGGCGGGGGGGGCGUGCGCCUCCUUCCGGUGGGUGGAGCAUGGCAUGCACCUCCUUCCGGUGGGUGGGACGGGGACCUUUUCCGGUGGGCUGGGCAACGCGCGCCCUCUGCUGGGAGGAGGCCUGCACAGCCCAGGGCAGGGGUGCUGCGAAGCGUCCUGCUUUGCUGCCACCGGCGCACGUGAGCAGCUCUGCUGGGGCCGGCGGGGCACCGCCGCACGCUGGGAAGCUCGCAGAGGCAGCGCCAUGCGGUUCCCUCCCGGCGUUGUGCUGCUCCUGGGGUUGCUCGGGGCGCUGCGCGACGGCGGCGCCUCAGGUCUUCUUGAGCUCUCCUUGGGAAAAUUCAGAAAUGUGCUGCUUAAUCAGACCAAUCCAGUUGAAGCAGUCAUCAGGAACAUUGCAAGCAAUGUGACGGUCAUCAUUUUUCAAGUACACGCACAGCAAAGUGAUGUGGUGAUAUCUUUUGAUAAGAAUCCAUCUACAAACAGCUCAGGAACUGGUGUGGACAGAGGACUCAUUUCUAUCCUUCGACCUCAACAGACUGUGUGUACGUGGUACCUUCGAUCUCUGGAUGCUAACCAGGUGCUAAGCACAGCUAUCUCUAUUCCCUAUAUGGAGAAAGAUCCUAUACCUGGAGGCUGCAAUCUAGAAUUUGACUUGGAAGUGGAUCCCAACAUUUAUCUAGACUACACACUGGUUGAUGUUCGCAUCAAGUUUGCCCCUGCGAAUUUGGGAUAUAUGAGAGGGGCAAACCCACCAUCCUGUGAUUCAGGGACUGGUCAGAACUCCAGAUGGCGGCUGCGCUAUGAUGUCUACCAGUAUUUCUUACCAGAGAACAAUCUUUCUGAGAUGGUGCUCAUGAGUCACAUACGCAAGAUGUCUGAGGUGCGAAGUAUCAAAGCUAAUGGUGUUAAAAUGCUUACAGUGACAAGUGAUGAUAAGACAGAUGUAUACUUUUCCUCACUCCCUGGGCAAGGUGUGAUCUACAAUGUCAUAGUAUGGGAUCCUCUUUGGAAUACUUCUGCUGCAUACAUACCUGUGCACACAUACGCCUGCAGCUUUGCUGACCUAGUGGAUAACUGCUCUUCUCUUAGCAAACUCUCUACCAAAAUAUUCUUCACUGCUCUUGCUGUUCUUGGUCUCUUCACUUGCUUUUUUGGACACAGAUUCUGGAAAACAGACUUAUUCUUCAUGGGAUUCAUAAUCACAGGAUUCUUUUUCUUUGUAUUCAUCACUAGGGUAACUGGCCUUGGUUAUGAUGUGCGUCUUAUUUUGACAGCAGUAGCUGGGAUUACUGGAGGGAUUCUUCUGGUUGCAAGCUGGUGGAGACUUGGCUCUGUGCUACUCUGUAUGUUGAUUAUUGGACUUGUGCUGGGAUUUCUCUUCUCAUCAAUGGUCUUCUUUACCCCGCUAGGAGACUACAGGGUGUUCCGUGAUGAUGUUGUGUUCUGGGUGACCUUUUCUUCUGUAGCCUUGAUGAUUCCAGUGCUUUUUGUUGGCUGUCCAAGAAUUCUGAACAUACUGGCCUGUGGAAUAGUAGGCUCUUACUCAGUGGUCCUGGCUAUCGCAUGUUAUGUCUACACAAGUCUUGCUUACAUUGCCUUAGACUUGCUCAGAAGGCUCCUCAAUGAUUACUUCAGCAGAGCUUACACCAAUGUGCCUUUUCAAACAAAUGACUUUAUUGUCCUGGCAGUGUGGAUAAUGCUAGCCCUCAGUGGAGUCACUGUGCAGCUUCGCCGAGAGAGAAGUGAAGUGCCCUUCCCACCACACCCUUACCUCACCUGGAAGCGGGAAAGGGAGCGCAGAAGCACAAAUGUCUUAGACCCCAGCCAUCAUAUUCCUCCCCUGAGAGAGAGGAUCCACAGCAAGCUGCUACAGAUUAAAGAGCUUUUUCAUAAAGAGCAGCCAGCUGGGGAAAGAACUCCACUGCUUCUAUAACCAGCUCAAUAACUGGUGGGAACAGAGAGGAAGAAUCUAAGAAUGGCAAGAUAAGUUAUCACCAGCAAACCAGCCAGUGGUGCAGGCUUCUACCACUGUCAACUUGUCUUGUGUAAUAAGAGGAGGCUGUUUUAUUUCAACUUGAAGGAAAAAUUAUCUGUCCUGUCCACUACAUGCUGUUUUGUGACAUUCCUUAAUGGCCCGCUCAGACUGCUGUAACAAGCAUAUGUCUGGCUGCAGAGAUCUCAUAUUAAGGAUCAAGUACAGGUAUUUGUCUUGUAGUGAGCUAGUUUGAUGUUCAGGUGUGUGAAGUAUGAAACAGUCCUUAGAAAGCAACCUGUACAACACUGGAUCUUCCCUCAUGGUGUGAAAAUUGCUGCCAAAAUAUUGCCUGACUUGCUCUCAGAGGUGAGCAGUCUGCUAUCUUGCAAAGGAAGAAAGACAAGGGUCAUACACAGAAGGAGUUCUUUUAAGAGGAACUGGAGUAUCAUCUAAUAGGUACAAAAUGUAUGGCUGCAGACACAGUUGCAUCUGAGAAGUAUUAGUGAACCUUGCAAGCCUAAAUUAAGUGACUUGAAUUUAAACUGCACUGAAUUAACUGUUGUGAGCACACUGGGGCUCAGGAAGUUGAGCUGAUCCGAGACAAGACUUUCUCCCUCUUUUGCUUGGUUCUGUAGCAGGCUGGUCAUCUGGUAUUUGUACAGAGAUGACUGCUAAGAGAACACAAGUGGCUUGCCUCCUUGUUGGCUUUCUGAAUGGCCUGGGACUUGCUUUGUCUCUGGCAUCAUCUUUUUUGAAGAGGUACUGCCAAAGACAGUAACUGGAAUAAGCACUUUAUAGCCAAUGUCAAGUCUUUCCUGGAAUUAGUUGGAACACUAACUGUUGUGGUUGGUUUUUUUUUUUUUUUUCUUUAAUCAAUCAAUAGGUCUUUUAAUUUUUCUCUCUAAUGGUGAGAACAGCAUACUGUGGGCAAAAUACUGACCAAGAUCCUUGCUGACUCAAUAUGUUCCUUAACAACUUUGAUUGCAUUUGCCCAAAGUAGAAUGCAGUGUAAAACAGAUAAAGGACCACUCUUGUGUUCAGUGGGAAAUUGCAUCUUUUUUUGGUGGCUUUAUUCUCUUCCUUAAAUAAAACAAGCAGCAAUUAUCAAAAUGCAGACUGGAGCAUUGUGGGUUUGGCUCAAAUUAAUGCAUUGACCUGAGGCUGUCCUUGGGUUCUACUGCCCACCCCCUGCCCAGUCCUGGUUUGUAUCCUCAGUGUUUACAUUGUGGUCUGUCUUAUAUUAAAUAGCAGUGAAAGUAAUGCAUUACAUUGAUUCUUGAUACAGGUUUUGGUGGCUCUUUAUGACUUUUUUUUUUUUUUAAACUUUAAUUUCUCCUUGCUAUCUUUAUACCUUUAGUGUGGGCAGUGGAGUACAUAGUCCUUCCUGUCUGGAGGUGAAUGGCUGUUCUGCUUCUUGAAUGGAGCCACUGCUAGUGAAUAACCUGCUGGUAAAACUUCAGUUCUCAGCCACUACUUUAAGUUCUUGGCAGUAAGUGUGUCAGGCAGCUCUCUAAGGAAGGUGGCAAUACUACUGUGAGAACUUAGUUGAAAGCUGAAACAUCCUAGCAGGAGAAAGGAAUCAACGACUUCAAAGUAACUCAAUUUUACAGCCACUACUCGGCUUUUAAGGAGUGAAAAUUGUAGCGUGGUACAGCCUCUGAGGUGAUGUGAUGUUUAGAGACAAAUCCCACGAGUGCUUUGAGCUGGUACAUUUUCCUCAAACAUCUGAGCAAGGCUGAAAUCCUACAGUUAAGGUCUUGCUUCACUCUGUUCUGUGUGGCAGAUGGGGGUAAAUGAGGAGCUCUUCCUUGGUCCCUGAUGGACUGAUGUUCACUGUCUGCCCUUACUGCACUGAUACUGAGCUUUUCUUUGUAUAUUUGACUAAGUAGCAAACACUUAUUUGGUAUACAAAUGCUCUUAAACAUGUUUACCUUGUUGUUUUUUUUUUUUUAAACUGUUGUGACUAGCAUUCUGAAGAAACAAGUUGAACUCUAAUUUUCUAUAUCUUUUUAUAAUAAAGACGUCUUUUGAAAUAAUAUUGUAACUGAAGGGAUGUCGUCAUGCUGAAUUCAGUGUCACUUUUACAGUCAUAAAUGCUGAAGCAAGUUGUACGGUUGGUUGUUCUUGAAAUAUUAGGCCCUCAAGGGAUGUGGUAGGAGAAGCCCAGCUGACCUGUCAUAAGGACUGACUGCAGCCACAGUGACACCCUGAGGUCCAGACUGAGACCAGCCACAUUUCCUGUGAAUGCAGGACUGAAGAGGUGGACAAAGUUCUAAAGGACAAAAGACAGUGUGUUAAGCUCUUUGACUGAAAACAAGUCUGCUAGAUCCUGUAGGAAGGCUGGAGCAGAACUUGGCUUGGAACUCUUCUGAGAUGCUUAACUGGAGAUGGUGUGUUUUUUCUAAUUAAAGACUGUGUGGCUUAUUUUCAUGUUCCAUAAGCCAUGGUGCUUAAUAGUGACCGUUGUAAGAAUAUACUAACUGAUUCACUGGAGUACUGGGGGGGGAGUGGCAGGCAUUUUUUAAGGCUCUUGCGUACCAUUUGUGGCAGCUGCAAAAGAGAUUGAGUUCCAGCUUGCUAUGCAUUUCUGUACCAUGCAAGUACAGAAAACUACUCACUGCAGCAUCUCUCACUGGAAGCACUUAUGCAGUUAGCCCAGCUCAGCACUUACCUUGCAGUUCUGCUUGCUUAAACUGAUGCUAUUUAAUGCUUCUUGGGAAGCUCUUGGUGCUGAUACCUCUAUAAAACCAGUGUAUUGAUUGUAAGCUGGAGCCUCCUGGAUUAUAAUGAACUGCCUCUCUCUACCUUAGAGAACCCACCUGCUGUUACUGCUCUGAUGCACUUCAACAGUUCUCACUUCACAGUAACAGUGCUGCAAUGAUUACAUCAUGGUGUUUGUCCUUGUUGCUCCUACAGCUUUUCUAGGACUGAAGCACAUGCAGAACUGUCUUAAAGCUAAAGGAGAGAGAACAAUAUAGGUUGCAUCACCAUCCCUGCAGUUGUAUCCUAUGUAAGCAGCUUCCCUCACUGGGAAGAAUGGUGAACGUGUAUCUUCCAAUCUAGUGGUGUGUGCUGCUAUUGCUUAGUAAGAAGAAAAUGUGCUGGUUACUGUUGUUACAUCCUUUCAAACAGGUGUUAGAAAUAUGUUAGACAUAGCAGAUUAUAAAGCACCUGAAACUCUUCUAAGGAUGUAGCUGUUAGCUGUGGUGUAAACCCUACGACAGAGAUUUCUGAGAAACAUCAGCCUUGGUUAAUGUUUU